AUGGCAGCAACUCAAUCUCGCGUCCACGAGGGAAAACUCGCCAUUGUCACAGGCUCAGCAAGGAGUAUCGGAGCAGCCAUUGCCCGCAAACUCGCCAGCAAAGGAUGCAAUAUCCUCAUCAAUUACGCGACCACAUCGUCCGAUGCCCUAGCUUCUAGCCUAGCGACUGAGCUUACGUCCACCUAUUCGGUGAAGACCGCUACAGUACGCGCGGAUAUCAGCACGACUGAAGGCUGUGAGGCUAUCAUCACUGCCGCAAAGAAGAACUUCUCUAGAGAUGAGAAGUUGCAAGUCGACAUUCUAGUCCACAAUGCUGCAGUCCUCUAUGUCGGGCCCCUUGAAUCCGUGAUUGAGAAGGAGUUCCACCACAUCUACGCUGUCAACGUGCUCGGUCCCGCACUGCUCACAGCAGCAUGUAAGCCAUAUCUCCCAACCGACCGUUCAGGUCGUAUCGUCAUGAUGUCCAGCAUCAAUCCCAAGAUUGGCACGCCUCAUACGACGCUUUAUUCGGGCACCAAGGCGGCUAUGGAGGCCAUGACCCGCGUGUGGAGUCGAGAAUUAUCUGAGAAUGCUACUGUGAAUGCGAUCAAUCCGGGCCCGGUCAUGACGGAUAUGUAUUUGUCGUCUGCGGAAGAAGUGAAGCAGGGACUGGCAGUGUGGAACCCGGUUACGCCAUUGGCUGCGGUGAGGGAUACGGAUAGUGCUGAGGUGAAAGAAUUGGGGAAUCGUUUGGGUGGGAGACCGGCGUAUGAUCAUGAGAUUGCGGGAAUAGUUGCUAUUCUCUGUGAUCCGGAUGCGGGGUGGAGCACUGGAGGUAUUGUUAGUGCUAAUGGAGGACUGUCUUUCAGUUUUUAG